AUCGGCACUCCGAGCAUGGGAAGGUAGCAGACCGGACUGGAUUGUCGGCACCAGGAGCUGUCAAACAGCGGUCUGCCCACAUCAAUACUAACCUCCCGCCUUGACGGAGCCAUGCUGAUUAACCUAUAUACAGAAUCGCCUCCAAAUGACUCUUCACUUACAGUGUAUGGUGCUUGAAACUGCAGUCUCGCCGGGGCAUGCCACUACGAUACUUCUGCGGGACACCAUUCGUUACGCUGACCGACUUUUCCCUGGCUGCAGUUAUGUCAAGUCGAACAAAGCUGGACUUUUCCGAAGUGGAAACUUUCCUAGAUAAUCAUCCGGAUCUUUUCGAAGACUACUUGCUGAGGAAGGGGAAGUACAGCACAGUGGAGAAAUGGCUCAAGCAGCAUCAUCUGAGCAAGAGCGCACUAAUUUCCAGCACCGAGGAGAAGAACGCCCCGGCUAAAGAAUGCUGGGCGACCAAGGCUGACGGACUGCAGUGCAGACCUUCUCAGAGGGAGCUGAGAAAAAGUUUUGCCAGAUCCAAGGCAUUGACUGCUAACAGGACUUAUGACGAGCAUGUAAACUCGAGAGACAAGGAACCCCUCUCCAGCAUGAGGCGGCGAGCUCUGCUUAGGAAAGCUAGUUCGUUACCCCCCACUACUGCUCACAUCCUGAGCGCCUUACUAGAAUCUCGGGUCAACAUACCCCAGUAUGCAUCUACGGCCAUCGACUACAAAUACGAGCUCAGGGAUAGCAAUGAGCGGGAAUUCUUCCUAGAAUUAGUAAAAGACAUAUCCAAUGAUCUGGACCUGACCAGCCUAAGUUACAAAAUCCUCAUAUUUGUCUGCAUCUUGGUUGAUGCCGACCGGUGUUCCUUGUUCCUGGUAGAAGGAACUUCGAACAAAAAGACCCUAGUUUCCAAGUUCUUUGACGUACACGCAGGGACCACGGUGCUGCCUUCGUGCAGCAUGGAGAACUCCAACGAAGUGCAGGUGCCAUGGGGGAAAGGGAUCAUUGGCUACGUGGCCGAACACGGCGAGACGGUCAAUAUCCCCGAUGCCUACCAGGACCGUCGUUUUCGAGAUGAGAUUGAUAAAUUGACGGGAUACAAGACAAAAUCCCUGCUUUGCAUGCCGAUUCAAAACAGCGAUGGUGAGAUCAUCGGUGUUGCCCAAGCCAUAAAUAAAAAUCCUGGAGGAGCUCCCUUCAGUGAGGACGAUGAAAAGGUGCUGGGGAUGUACCUCCCAUUCUGUGGCAUUGCAAUUUCAAAUGCUCAACUGUUUGCUGCCUCAAGAAAGGAGUAUGAUAGAAGCCGGGCUCUGCUGGAGGUAGUCAAUGACCUGUUUGAAGAACAAACAGAUUUGGAAAAAAUUGUCAGGAAAAUAAUGCAUCGAGCACAGACACUGCUGCAGUGUGAACGAUGUUCUGUGUUGCUCCUCGAAGACAUUGAAUCACCGGUGGUAAAGUUUACAAAAUCGUUUGAGCUCCUGUCUCCCAAAUGCAGUGCAGAUGCUGAAAGCAGCUUAAAAGACAGCAUAGAAAAAUCAUCAUAUUCAGAUUGGCUGAUUAACAACAGCAUUGCUGAGCUUGUAGCAUCUACAGGUCUCCCGGUGAAUAUAAGCGAUGCGUAUCAAGAUCCCCGCUUCGAUGCUGAAGCUGAUCAGAUUUCUGGUUUCCAUACCCGUUCGGUCCUUUGUGUACCAAUAUGGAACAGUGGCCACCAAAUAAUUGGUGUAGCACAGGUCCUCAAUAGACUGGAUGGGAAACCCUUUGACGAUGAUGAUCAGCGACUCUUUGAGGCAUUUGUUAUUUUCUGUGGCCUUGGCAUUAACAAUACCAUAAUGUAUGAUCAAGUGAAGAAAUCCUGGGCAAAGCAAUCUGUAGCUCUUGAUGUCCUGUCCUAUCAUGCAACAUGCCUGAAGACUGAGGUGGACAAAUUUAAGGCAGCCAACAUUCCACUUGCUUCUGAACUCAAUAUUGAUGAUUUCCAUUUCAAUGAUUUCUCCCUCGACAAGGAUGCUAUGAUUACUGCCGCUCUCCGAAUGUUUAUGGAGCUUGGAAUGGUGCAGAAAUUUAAAAUUGAUUAUGAGACUUUGUGUAGGUGGUUGCUAACCGUCCGGAAGAACUACAGAAUGGUUCUGUACCACAACUGGCGACAUGCAUUUAAUGUGUCUCAGUGCAUGUUUGCAAUGCUGACGACUGCAGAUUUUCAGGAGAUUUUAACAGACACAGAAGUUCUUGGUCUAAUGGUUGGCUGCUUGUGUCAUGACUUGGAUCACAGAGGCACUAACAAUGCUUUCCAAGCAAAGAGUGGCUCUGCCUUGGCACAGUUGUAUGGCACCUCAGCUACUCUAGAACUUCACCAUUUCAAUCAUGCAGUUAUGAUUCUUCAGAGUGAGGGACACAAUAUUUUUGCAAGUCUUUCCUCCAGGAUGUACAGCGACAUCAUGCAGCUUUUGAAACAGUCAAUACUGUCCACAGAUCUAACACUGUAUUUUGAGCGAAGAACAAAGUUCUUUGAACUCGUAAAUUCAGGAGAAUACAAUUGGAAUGUAAAAGACCAACGGGAAAUGCUCAGGUCAAUGCUGAUGACUGCCUGUGACCUUGGGGCUGUAACAAAACCGUGGGAGAUAUCAAGACAGGUUGCCAAACUGGUUACGAGUGAAUUCUUCGAACAAGGAGACAGGGAAAGAUCAGAAUUAAAACUCACCCCCUCAGCUAUCUUUGACCGAAACAGAAAAGAUGAACUUCCAAGACUGCAGCUGGAAUGGAUCGAUGGGAUAUGUGUUCCCCUUUAUGAGGCCUUGGUGAAAGUCAACCCACGCCUGAAGCCAAUGCUAAAUGGGAUUAUCCAGAACAGGCUUAAAUGGGAGGAGAUGCACCAAAGAGGACAAGGAGGCAGAGACAAUCCCCGCCGCAGCACAACCACGCAAGACAUCAGUUAAAGCUCCGCGUGUCAUCUCCAGGGAUGGGCAAUCAGCUUGAUAUGGCUCAUAUUCAACUGGAUUGGGACAUCCUUCAGUUGUGCUUUGCAAAGCCUGAAACAGUGUGGCCGUGCUGAAACCCCCCAGUGUGUUUCUGCGUGGGGCAGAAUCCAUCCACUCUGAACUGAGAGUGAAAACAACAAAAACGAUGAGUUCACUGCAAGUACUGUGUUGUAGGCAUAUGUUGAUAAAGCUCUUAGGAAGCUCACAGAGUCCCUUUGACAGUUUGCAGGUAAUACAGUUCCAUCCAGUGCUACCAAUUGCUAAGGGUUUGCUGUCUGCUGCAGAGAAUAUAUCGCCACCAUAAGCAGGUUGAAGGAACAUCAAUUAUUCAAGGACAGAGAACCGAAGUGUCUGAGCAUCCUUUGUCUGCCAUGUUGUUUCUACUUUCAUUCUUCUCACCAUUAUUGGAAUGAACAAGCAGUUUGUUUACUUUAUACAGUGGAUUCUGGUUAAUUGGGACACAUUGGGACCAGGACGUUUUGGCCCAUCUA